AUGGAUAAACACAACAGUUCUGAACUGUUGAACUCAGAUUUUUCUCUUUCUAAAAAUGCUAGUUCCGAUUCAUUGGAUUCGGACUCCAAAUCGAGUUCAUUGAAUUCCAAACACGGACAAGAUUCCAAUCAUGUAUUGGGGGAUAUUCAGUUGUUAGAUGGGGAAAAAGUGAUGGGUGUGGCAAGAGAUGUGACAUACCUGUGUCCAUACAGUGGUCCAUCCCGUGGAGUUCUGAAAGUUACAAACUAUCAGCUGCAUUUCAGACCAACAGAACCAACAUCGCUGCAGACUACGCUCAGUGUACCUUUGGGGGUUGUUUCUCGGAUAGAAAAAGUUGGUGGAGCAUCAUCUAAGGGAGAAAACUCGUAUGGCAUUGAAGUAUUUUGCAAGGAUAUGCGUAAUUUACGUUUUGCUCAUAAACAAGAGAAUCACUCUCGACGUGGAAUAUUUGAAAAAUUGCAACAACUUGCAUUCCCGUUGUCCCACAGACAGCCGUUAUUUGCAUUCAGUUACUCUGGAACUUUUCCAGACGAUGGUUGGAAUGUAUAUGAACCUAUUGCUGAAUUGAGAAGAAUGGGUGUUAACAAUGAUAUGUGGCGUAUAACGCGUAUAAAUGACAAAUAUGAAAUAUGUGAUAGCUAUCCAGCUGUGUGGGCAGUACCCACCGCCGCAAAUGACGACUUACUUCGAUCAGUAGCUGCAUUCCGUUCAAGAGGACGUAUACCAGUGUUAGCAUGGAUACAUCCCAGUUCACAAGCUACUAUUACUAGAUGCAGUCAGCCUUUAGUUGGAGUAAGUGGUAAGCGUAGUAGAGAGGAUGAAAGGUAUAUUCAAUUGAUUAUGGACGCCAAUGCGCAAGCACAUAAAUUAUUUAUCAUGGAUGCUAGGCCAAGUGCUAAUGCCAUUGCUAAUAAGGCUAAAGGCGGAGGCUAUGAAUCAGAAGAUGCUUAUCAAAAUGCUGAACUCGUAUUCCUUGAUAUACACAAUAUUCAUGUGAUGAGAGAAAGUCUUAGAAAGUUAAAAGAGCUCUGCUUUCCACAAAUUGAUCAAACCAGAUGGUUCAGUGGCAUUGAAGCGAGUUGUUGGUUGAAACACAUAAAAUGUAUAUUAGCAGGAGCCGUACGCAUUGUUGAUAAGGUAGAGAACCAUAAAACUUCAGUGCUAGUUCACUGCUCUGAUGGCUGGGAUAGGACCGCUCAACUGACAGCGUUAGCGAUGCUAAUGUUAGACCCUUACUAUCGAACAUUGAGAGGCUUCCAAGUUUUAAUUGAGAAGGAAUGGCUCUCUUUUGGACAUAAAUUCCAACUUCGUAUUGGACAUGGUGAUGAACGUCACUCAGACGCUGAUCGUUCUCCAGUAUUCGUUCAGUGGGUCGACUGUGUGUGGCAGUUGCAACAGCAGUUCCCGACUGCUUUUGAAUUUACUGAACGACUGUUAAUUACAAUAGUCGAUCAUUUGUACUCGUGUCGCUUUGGUACAUUCCUGUUUAAUACGGAGCGAGAGAGGGUUAAAGAAGAAGUUAAAACAAAAACAGUAUCCUUAUGGUCUUACAUCAACAGUCGACAGAAUCUAUAUCUCAAUCCCUUAUACUGGGGACCCUCAUCAUUUAGCCCCAACUCACCUCCUUCACAGUAUUCCAGACCACAAAUGGUGUUGGUACCGAUCGCAUCACUGAGGAUCAUUAAACUUUGGAAAGCGUUGUACUGUAGAUGGAAUCCCACAAUGCGACAACAGGACCCGAUCUACCAGCGCACGCGCGAGCUGGUGGCGCUGCGCGCGCAGCUGGAGGCGGCGGCGGCGGCGGCGGCCGGCGACCACGCCGCGCGCCAGCACCGCCUCGGCCUCACGCCGCCGCGCGUCGCCAGCCCGCACCACGUCUAAGCGCUGGGGCGCGCCGCCGUACCUUGGCCUUUAUUACCAAUGAACAUCGUUUUUGGUGUUAAAAACAGAAGUACUGCCUUUAUUUGAAUUAUAUUCGUUCUAUUUUCUAAUAUAUUAUUAUAUUCUAAUUUUAAGACUGUGCAAA